GUCCGGCGAAUAACGGAAAAACCAGACCAUAGAGUUACAGGCACUCUCAGAGCCUCUUGAAAACCUUGUCCAGCUGAGCAGUGACUUCUGUGGUGUCUUGAAAGCAGGGACAGAAAAAGGGAAGUGCCAGACCAUAGAGUUACAGGCACUCUCAGAGACACCUCCUCUGGAAAAUCUUGUCCAGCCGUGCAAUGACUGCUGUGGUGUCUUGAAAGCAGGGACAGAUCACCAUGAUUGUCUCAGGAGAGCAGGCUCUGACGGGAGCAGGACUGCCCAGGAUGUCCAGCUGCCUGCCAAAACUGACCGCGGCAGUGCUGAGCCACAGGCCCAGGGCUCUCUUUAUCCUCACCAUUUCAUUGGUGUCCUUUACCUAUGUCAUGUUCUACUGGAGAACCUGGGAGGACACUGAGGGCCAGCUCUACAGCUUGUCUACACAAAGCAGCUGUGAACAGUUCAUGCCGCCUUCUCCCCACGCCGUUGCUGGUGGGCCCCCUCCUCCCCCAGGGGAUGUGUUCUUUGUGGAAACCUCGGAGCAAACUAACCCAAGUUACCUCUUCACAUGCUCGGUGGAGUCAGCAGCCAGAGCGCACCCUGGGACAAGGGUUGUGUUGCUCAUGAAAGGAUUGGCAGAUGGGAAUGCCUCCUUACCCAACGUGUGGGCAUUCUCGUUGCUGAGCUGCUUGCCCAACGUGGAAAUCCGGCCCCUGGACUUGCCAGAGCUUUUCUCAGGGACACCUCUGGCAAAGUGGUACCUGCAGUCUUAUCAUCACUGGGAGCCUUAUUUCCUACCUGUCCUGUCUGACGCCUGCAGAAUUGUCAUCAUGUGGAAAUUUGGUGGCAUCUACCUGGACACAGACUUCAUUGUGCUUAAGAACUUAAAGAACCUCACCAAUGCCCUUGGCAUCCAGUCUCAGGAUGUCCUGAAUGGGGCCUUUCUGUCCUUUACACCCAAGCAUGAGUACAUGGAGCUUUGCAUGCAGGACUUUGUGGAUAACUACAAUGGCUGGAUCUGGGCGCACCAGGGCCCAGCACUCUUAACACGUGUCUUCAAGAAGUGGUGUUCCAUCAGCAAUAUUCAGAACAACAUGAGCUGCAAAGGGGUGCGUGCUCUUUCCCCAGAAGCCGUUUAUCCUAUUCAUUGGGGUAUCCGGCAGAAAUUCUUUCAAUCCAUCAGCUCCUCGGAGCUUCACAAGCUCCUUAAGAACACCUACGCGGUGCACGUAUGGAACAAACUGAGCCACGAGACAAAGCUAGAGGUCCCAUCCCAGGCUUUCCUGGCUCAGCUGUAUUCUCAGUUCUGCCCUGCCACAUAUGCAAAGAUGAAGAAGGACUUGGAAGAGCAGUCACGGCCUGCAACGUGACCUGUGGGCCUUUGGCUGCGGGGAAGUUCCCUAACCUGAAGGAAACUGGGGGCCUUUCACCUUCCACAGAGCUGGUUUCUGGCCCAGGAGCAGGUGCUCUGUGUGACGGCUCAGUGAUUCUUGUACCAUUUCUGCCAUCUGCCUCAGAUCCCACACGCUUCCAAUAUACACCAGCACCUGCAUUUGGACUCUCUUGUUGUCCUUCAGUAGCCCUUGAUGCUGCAGGGAAGGGUGAACUUGUUGAUUGGUGCCUAUCAGUUGCUCCUCUGUUGCUGUUCUCUCCGUUGCUUCUCCUGCGCAUGAGGCCAGAAAAGCCUCUUGUGUAGUUUCAGCCGCUGCAGGAGCCCUUAGCUUGCUCUGUGUCACUUUUUUAAGUAUGGAAAUAAAGGCCAGCGAGUGCAUUUUAAUGGUUUGCAGGGUUUAUUGGAGCUUAGGACCAGGUUCCCCGGGUGGUAAAGAUUCUUAUGGGUGAGGAAGAUUUGGGAGAGACUGGGAGUAUCUGAAAAUGGCUUGAAGAAGCUGAAACCAUUGAAAAUCCUUAUCUGGCUCAGUGUAAAGCUGCUCCUGUUUUCCAAAGGUACUUCAUUUCCAACGAUCCGUUCUACUGUUUUGCAUUCCACAAGGACAGGCCAACUUUUCUGCUCCUCUUUGGGAAAAGAAACAGCCAAAAGCAGCUCUUUCCCUGGCCUGGGGAAAUGCGACAAGUGUUGAGAACAAUACUCUCCUGCCACGUCACCUCUGGGAAGUAGCAGUGUCUUUGUCCACGUUGCGUGUCUGCAACACACCUGAGUAACAUAUUUAAGAUUGCAGUGGUGGUAAAACAGUGGUAGGCCGUCAGUGAUUAGAGGGUAGUUCCUUGUGGUUUAUUUGCCUCUUAUGUAGGUAAAAGAAUGUUAUAUAGGUAAAACAUUAAGCAACCCCCAGUAAUGCAACUGAAAUUUAAUUUACACCAUCCCUUUUCCCUUGCAUCCAGAGUCAUAUGUUUUAUGAGUAAAUCACUCGCUCCGGUAGGUACUCGUGUGUGAAUUCUGAGAAAUGGUCCUGUCCUCUUUGUCUGGAGUGUGGUUGUCCACCUUAAUCUUCUGUAUUGGCUUGAUAUGGAAGAGUUCUUGUGUAGAAGUCUCUCCAUCAAAUGCUAGGAUGAGUCUGGGAAAGACCAGGCUUUGCAAAGAGGCAGGACGCUCAAAAGUGAAGCUUGUCCUGCAUUUCUUGUAACUCUCACUUCAGACUGGAUACCAGCAGUGCCACAGUGAAAUACUGACAUCUUUACAUGGUAACUUCUCGUGGGUUUGAUGU